CCACGGAAAUUAUCGCGAAUCUCUCGCGUGAGCGUAUUUGAAUGCGAAAAGCGGAAAGCAACGCGAUGUACGAAUUCGAUAAAAUGUGCGAUCGAGCGGUGCACGUAACCUUCGCCCUGGUGGCGCUACUGUCACUUAUCACACAUACCACUGCCGCACUGCCGGCUGACAGUGGGGCGGCGACAGAGACGGCGACAGACUCAAGCAGCGACCGGGCCUUCGAGAUGCUGAGCGUCGACGAGCAGGUGCGGUUGCUGGCGAAGCAGCUGAACGCGCUCACCUAUCAGCGGCGCGAGGACUACAAGAUGCUCGAGGGAAGCCUCAAGAAGUACGUGCGCAAGAACGCGGCCGAACUCACCGAUGGCCAGAUCCGCGAGGAGCUCGAUCAGCUAAGGGCGGACGUUAACGGACUCAGCGCGCAUGGUUCGGGGGCGAGCAAGGAACGGCUAACGGUCCAGUGGUUGUCGCAGUCAAUGGCCGAGCUUCGAUCGGAGCUGGCCGAACUGCAGCAAACGGUGGGCGGUGGUAGCGGGGGACCCUCGAAGGAGGCCCAGUUCCGUAACCAGCUGCUCGAGGAUCUCGGUGCCCUGCGGAGCGAACUCGCCGGUGUGCGGCUCGAGGUCGAAGCGCUCCGUUCGCGCCAGGAAAAGACGGAAGUGUUGGUGCGCGAACUGCAGGAGGAAGCGGUCCAGAGUGCGGAUGAUCUAAGGCACAGUCUGAACCUGCAACAGCACCACCACCAGCACCACCAUGAAGCCAACAAUAAGCACACGGAAACAUCGUUCGGCGAUACGGAGGAAGCAUCCCCAGGACCAGCCGGGCAGCUCCCAUCCACCAUUGACUUUGUUGUGGAACCGGAGGCGGACCAUCGGAUGCGGCACCAGCGCUUCAUCCGCCAGCAGCUGCACGAACUGGAGGUGAAACAAUCGGUCCUGAAGCGACAACUGAACGAACUGCACGGUCACCGGCUGGCGGAUCGAUUGCGGAGCGUCGAGGUCGAGCAGCGCCGUCUGGCCAGUGCCGGUUUCAACGUAAGCCGUCAGGUGGCCUCACUGGACAAGCUGCACGGUUCGAUGCUCGAGCUGCUCGAGGACGUCGAAGCGAUGCAAACCAAAUUCGACAAGACGGUUCCGGAUUUGAGGCGCGAAAUCGCCAAAGUCGAGUACAGCGUGGCUCAGGUCGUCUCGGAGCAAGGUCUGGUACGGGAGGAAGUCCACAACACGGCUCGCAGCGUACAGGCGAUGGCGGUUAGUGUGAGUGCAUUGCAGGAAGAACGGAGCACCGUACGCCAGCUACAGACGGAAUUGCGCGCGUUGAAGGAGGAUGUGGCGCGUGUCCGUUCCGCCACCCAGCUGCACCGUGAGAUGGCCCACAAUCGGCUCGAGAAGCUUGAGGCAGACUCGAAACCCACCGAAGGCAACGGUACCGGACCGGCCCACCAUCUGACCGAGCUGGAACGCACCACGAAGCUGGUGCAGCAGCUGGAAACGGUCGAGGCGGAGUACGAAUCGAUCCUCAACAAACUGCCGCGGGACUGCAGCCAGAUCGAGCAGCUACGCGGUGCCGGCCAAUCGGAUCAGGCCGGUGACGGUGGCCUCUACCUGAUCGCACCGGCCGAACAGCACCAUCCGAUGAUGACGCAGUGCUUCGGCGAGUGGACGACGGUACAACGACGUCAGGACGGUUCGGUCGAUUUCAACCGCUCGUGGGAAGAGUACGCCCAGGGCUUCGGUACACCGGCCGGCGAGUUCUGGAUCGGCAACGAACCGCUGCACCAUCUGACGCAGGACAAUUGCUCCCGGUUGCGCAUCAUCAUGCAGGACAUCUACGACAACCACUGGCAUGCGGACUACGCGACCUUCCGCAUCGGUUCGCGCCAGGCCGGCUUCCGGCUCGAGCUCGGCGGUUACAGUGGUAACGCCUCGGAUGCGUUCGAGUACCAGAACCGGAUGCAAUUCUCCGCCAUCGACGUCGACCGGGACAUCUCGAAUACGCACUGUGCCGGGAACUACGAGGGCGGUUGGUGGUUCUCGCACUGCCAGCACGCCAACCUGAACGGUCGGUACAACCUCGGGCUUACCUGGUUCGAUGCGUCACGCAACGAAUGGAUCGCGGUCAAAUCGAGCCACAUGAUGAUUGCCCGUCGACCGGAUUGUGGUCCGAUUGAGACAACAACCACCACCACAACGACGACGACGGCGAGGACGACGACCAGCGGGGUCACGACGACGGCCAUCCCGGGUACGACCGGGGUCCGGAGUGUCCGACGGAACCAACAACACCACGACGAUACCACGGUUCGACCCUUAAUGAUGGCCUAAGUCCACCGGUCUCACCUGUCUCACCCCGUCACUGCGUCACAAUCUAAUUGAUUGUCCUCAUUCCCCCUGGCCCCCACGGGACUCCGGAUGGCGUGAUUGAGACGGAGGACCCUCGGAUUACUUCGCUGAUUGGCCGAAAGUUGGUGGCCUGGACGUCAUUUGCGUGGCAUUCAUCAACGUCAACCGAAGUGAAGAAGCUGACGGGAUUCGCGCGCUCUCUCUCUCUCUCUUUCUCUUUGCUAUCGAGCCAAACGGUUUUGCAUUACAUUUUCCAUCCUUCGCUAGAACGUUUAUUUAGACAACAACAACAAAAAAAGGUGGAAAACAAAAAUGAUUUCCGCAACCUUUUUCGUUCUUCCAAACCGGUGAAGGCGAAGACCACAAAAGCGUGGUCGGUCGGUCGGUUUAGGCUUACCCUGUAGCAGGGCAUUGUACAUCGAUUUGAUUGACAGCCGAGGGCCAUUCCUCCCUUCCUCUUCCUUCCAGCCACCAACCAAAUGUUUAGAUUGUUUUCCACACUCCGUUUUUUCGUUUUUUGGUGGUCGACCGGAAGUGAGCUUUAGGUCAUUUCCUGAGGCGAAACGCGAAAGUUCCCUCAGUCUAUUUGCUUCUCUCUCUCUCAAAGCAACAGCAUCAGGCGCCAAGUUACGCAAAGUAUUACCACAGAAGACUCCAACAAGGAUAAGGAAGGCAAGAACGAGCAGAAAAGAGAGUAAGGAAGAAAGUAACGGGAAAAUGGUCGCGUGGCCCACCGCGUCGACCACCUGCCGGGCGGAAACCUGGGUUCGGAAAGCAUUAAAAGUUGCCGAGCCAGCCAAGUGACGUGCGGGCUCAUUUAUUACAUUUUCCUCCAUUUUUCGCACCUCGAGAGCGCUGUCGGUGCCCCCUUUUCGCAAUCUUCCUCUCUGUCUGUCUGUCGCGGCCAUUACGAUCAUCGAUCCAGCUUCUUUCUGCUCUGUUUUUCACUGCACCACCCCACCCCUUUUUGAGAUGCUACUUCGCUAAGAGGCAUUCUGCUGAUCCGGAACUCCGUCCGGC